ACUAAAAACAUCUGUUGUCUGUCUGAAGCAUUUUUAAGUGAAAAUUUGAUCAUUGAUUUUUUUAAUUUGUAAAUUGUUUAUAACGUGACUGCAAUCUGCUCCUUUGAAAUGGGCACAAAACGUCGCAACAUCGAGGACGAGCUGUCUCGCUUUGAAGCGGAGAUCUCGAAACCGCCAGCGCGAAAUCUAUUUGUGCCAAAUCAAGUGCGCCCAAUUAUCGCGGCAAAUACGUAUACCAACGUGCAGCAGAAACUGCAGCAGCAUCAGCCCCGGUUGACGGUACCCCCGCCGCCGAUACCGCCACCACCCACGUUCAUGUCCACCUUCGUACCGACGGGCAACAACACGUCCACAUCUCCGGUCAAAUCCAUGGCCGCGACUCCGGUUGUCCUAAGCAGUGCACCGAAGUUGUAUCAGUGCCGCCAGUCGGUGCAUGUGCCGACAGUGGCCACGGCGCCGGCAAUUGAUAUUAACAUAAACAACAUACAAUUCGAUGUAACGCAGAAACUCAAAAAACUCAAGGCAGAAAAAUCUGGUCCCAAUCCAAUUGCCGAAGAAGCUAUCAAAGCAGCACGUGCUUCAUCGGCAUUGCAAUCAUUUCAGACCACAGAGCGCAAGAAAAAGGAUCGCAAAACCGUGCGGAUUGCUGGUGGCACUGUUUGGGAGGACUCAUCAUUGGCAGACUGGCCUGACGAUGAUUUUCGCAUAUUUUGUGGAGAUCUGGGCAACGAUGUCAACGAUGAGGUGCUCACGCGCACCUUCAACAAGUUCCCAUCGUUCCAGCGUGCUCGAGUUGUGCGCGACAAGCGAACCGGCAAGAGCAAGGGAUUUGGAUUCGUUAGCUUCCGCGAACCAGCCGAUUUCAUUCGUGCCAUGAAGGAAAUGGACGGACGCUAUGUGGGCAGUCGUCCAAUCAAGCUGCGAAAGAGCACCUGGCGACAGCGCAGCUUAGAUGUUGUCAAGAAAAAGGAGCGCGAGAAACAGGUGCUCCUGCAGGCAUUUAACUCCACGAGUUAAGAACGCUGCCUGCGGCUAAUCAAUAACUAAACACUUUAGGCUAGUUUCGGUCACCUUUUUUGAUGUAGCAAAUUUGUAUUUACAAUGUUUGGAAGUUGCUGCUGCAGAAUAAGCAUAAUUUAAAAUAAAAACGUUAAAAUUAA